AUAUUGGAAAGUAAUUUUAGAAUGUGGACCUUUUAAACGUGAAAUUUGUCCGUUUGAUACCGGAUUUCCACUGUUAGGGGUCACAAAUUUUGCAAUCAUUUUGGCAACAAAUAAGUUAGCAUUUGAGUUAAACUUUGCAUCUAUAGCGCAAAUUGAUUUGGAUACACAUUCAAAUCUGCUGUGCUUCAACUGAUUUCUUGUAGUAUCUGAAAAACAGAUUUUCCGCUAGAAUAUCAUAAAUACCGGUAAAGUUGAACCAAACUAUUUACAACGGGGCAGUAACUUUUAACUAUUUUCAAAAGAAGCUACUUUGACUGUAAUUAUAUGGCUUAUUUCAUAUAGUUUUGGGAGUUAUUUUUGGGUUAUUCAAAUGACCUCAAAGAUUACUAGCGACUAAAUAUGAGAUUUGGUACCAUCUGUUGUUCUUGCGAAUUUGAAGUGGGCCGCCAAAAUCACCCUGUUAGAUAAUUAGCACAAUUAGUGAAAAUAAUCUCAGUAUUUUAAGCAACAUUAAAUACAAAUUUGGAUAAGGGCUGUUGAUUGACUAAUGUGUUUUGAGUUGUAUGUUGUACAGCAAAGGCUCUGCCUUUUUGUGAUUUUAUUUGUUUUUUACUUAUUUCAUAUUACAUAAAUUGCCCAAUAUAAUUUGGUUACAAUGUUUGAUUAAUUAACUAACCUAAAUUAAAUUUGAUGCGCCAAAUAACAUGUAUAGGGUGUUCCAAAUAAAGUGUGCACUUUAGACAGUGACUCGGUUCAAUCUUAAUAUAUAUUACUCGGUAUAUUAGUAGUUAUAUUAUCGGUAUUAUAUAUAUUACUCGGUAUAUUAUAAGGUAGUGCUUCUUUCGUGGCUUCAUAAAUGCUGGAUGCUCCGAGUUUGUCGUUAAUAAUGAAACACCACAGUUAUCAACCAAAUUAAUUUGCGGGGUUCGAGCACGCAACUACUAUUGAACGUGGAAUUAUUUAGGAAGGGCUGAAAUAAGUUUAUUGCUUUGCACAUUUUUCGAACAAUUAAAUUUGGUGAAAACAUUACAUCAUAUUAUCGAUUGUUAUUCAAAUUACGGUCAAAAUAAGCCGAUAUCAUGAUAUUUUAGAAAAAAAAUAUGCAAUAAUAAAUCAAUUUAAACAUGUAAUUUUUAACCUUCACAUUUGUUGUUUUUUGACUAUGAGAUAAGAAAACGUAGUAGUAACUGAAACAUAAUUGAGAUAGGCACUUAAAGCUCUAAUUAUUUUCAAUAAAUAAAUAAUUGUAUGAUUACAUAGUAUCAGUCACAUUCAAUGUUUAAAACAAUUAUCCAGUAUCCCAGGGUCGCGUUUAGCAAUCCAUAAUAAACAAUUUUAAUAUUAUUUUCUAUCUAUAUCUAUAUCUAUAUAUGAAAAUUCUAUUAACUAUAUUAAUCAGCAAAUAGCUGGAAUAAAUACAUGUAACGUUUAACAUAUAAUAAAUUAGCAAUUCGUAUUUUCUUGUUGAUAAAGGCAACAUAUAGGUAUAAAUUUGCAAAUAGGACUUUUUAUUUUACUAAGGCGGCAAAUAGAUUUUGUUUAGCUUCACAACCAUAAGCGGCCCACAUCUUCAGUGGUAAUUUUUCAAAAUCGGCAAUGUAGGGAUUUCUUAAGCCCGAGUCCUAUUUAUUUAUGAAUGUGUGGCUAUUCGUUGUUAUUUUUGGCUUGCUCCUCUUGACUUAAAUUUGGGUUAACGUGCUCUGAUAUAAAAUACUGAUGGAUAUGAUCCGACCCUGAUCUUUUUCGAUUUAAACAGCAAUUAUAUCACAUUGCUGUUAUGUCGAUAUUCUAAAGAGAUUGCUUUAGAAAAGUGAUAUAGAGUUAUUAAUAACAUUCCGAUAACAUUUUGGUGUCAAAUAAGAAUACAAAAAAGGAUAAGUUGUUUGAACGAUUGACAUUUGUUCAUUGCAUUGCCCAAAAUUAUUUCAGAUAUUUUGCAAAUGAGAACGGGAGUUAAAUUUAAUUUAACAAAGCCCAGCAAUACAAAAUUUACGGUUUACGAAAAGUGUGGUGAUUUAUUGCGAACGUAAAAGCUGAGGACACAAGCCAAUACAUGUAAGCAGAAUACGCAAUCUACGUGCAUUUAACGGAUAAUUAGUAUUUCUAAGAUUUUACUCUUUAUAGAUGGCGACUGUGUUAAUAUUGAGUACCAUUGUACUGGUAUUAAUAUGUACCCUAUUAGAUAAAUAUUUCACUAGAAAUUUCAACUACUGGAAAUCAAAGAAUGUAUUUUACAUUAAUCCUAUACCACUGCUCGGAAAUAUGCUGCCCGCCUUGACGAUGAAGACAACGCUAGGAGAAUGGUUGGGUGACUUAAGCCAUAAAAUCAAAAAGGACUACUUUGGAAUUUUCGUAUUCGAUCAACCAGUUUUGGUGGUUCAAUCCCCAAAGCUGGUAAAACUGAUACUACAAAAAGACUUUGAAUACUUUCAAAACAGAUCAUCGGCCCAUUACGAACACGAUCCGAUUUUGUCCAAUUUUAUGUUCAUUGCUAAAAAUCCACAGUGGAAAGCUGUACGAUCAAAAUUCAGUCCAGUUUUUUCUACUGGAAAAUUAAAACAAAUGUUUUCACAUAUCUUAAACGAAGCUAACCUUAUGGUGGAUUACGUCAGCAAUUUAGCUAACGUGCCUAAUGUUGAAUCCAAGGAAAUAUGUGCGAAAUUUUCGACUAAUGUUAUAGCAAGGUGUGCAUUUGCAAUAGACGCUGGAUGCUUCAACACAGAAAAUGCCGAAUUCAGGUAUCUUGGGAGGCAAUUGUUUGAUUUUCGGUACUCUACGGCUUUUCGAUUGUUUUCCGGUUUUCUAGCCCCGAAGCUAGCCAAUGCACUUGACAUAUCACUUUUUGAUCCUCGCGUGCUUAACAGAUUAAGCAGUAUAUUUGGAGAAAUUCUAUCAAGUAGAAUCUCUACUCCCGAGCUCAAAGGGAAGGAUUUGAUUGAUAUAAUUAUCGAAGAGAGUAAAAACAAGAAUGUCCAUUUUGAUCAAAAUGUAAUGAUGGCGCAAGCCUUACAGUUCUUUGCUGCAGGAUUUGAAUCAGUCAGUGCAAUUUUGAGUUUUACACUGUAUGAACUUUGCGUCAACCCACAGUUACAGGAUCGCCUUAGAACUGAAAUAUUUGAAAACCUUGAGAAGCAUGAUGGAAUUACCUGCGAGGGUGUGUCUGAAAUGAAAUUUUUAGAUAUGUGUAUUGCAGAAACUCUGAGAAAAUAUCCAGCACUUCCAUUUCUGGAUAGAACUUGCUUGCGUGAUUAUAAAGUAGAAAAUUCAGAUCUCGUCAUCGAGAAAGCUACGGCUGUUUACAUUCCAAUGUUUGCAUUACAUUACAAUCCUGAGUUUUUCCCCCAACCUGAGAAAUACGAUCCACAGAGAUUUGCGGACAAAUCGAAAAUCAAUAAAGAAGGACUGUAUUAUGUUCCUUUUGGUGAUGGGCCUAGAAUAUGUAUUGGCAAUAGGUUUGGGUUGUUGACUGUAAAAAUUGGUUUGGUAAGUUUAUUAUCUAAUUAUAAGCUGGAAGCAACAUCUCAAACUCCAAGGCCAAUAAAAUUCGAACCAAAAGCCCUGAUUCUACAAUCUAAUGUGGGCGUACCUUUGAAAUUUGUACCAUUUUGAUUUAUUAUAAAAUAUAGUAACAUUUGAAGGUUAAAAUGUAUUGGCUAUUUGUACCCUUCAAAAAGAUCCUUAAUGUAUGGAGUAAUGCAUUAAAUAAAGAGAAACCCAUAUUUAAAA